GUCAUCACAAUCAUUCGUGUUUGAUUACCGGUAGACAAAGCAACCAUAGCUGACAAUUGUGUUACAAAAAAAAAAAAAAAAAAAAAAGAAAGAAAAAAAAGAAGAGAAGAAAGCAUUCAUCAAUAAGGAAAAUGGUUUUUCUCACACGAUUUGCCCGCUUAUUACAACAGAGUGGAGUUACUGUAAAUACAUUAAAAUAUACAACAAAUUUCCGUCAAUUUCAUGUUACAUCAGCGUUUCACAAAGAUCGUCUUUUUACGGAAAAACAUGAAUGGGUUGAAGUGAAUGGUCAAACCGGAGUCGUUGGUAUUUCUCAAUAUGCUCAAGAGGCUUUAGGCGACGUUGUGUUCGCCCAAUUGCCAGAUCCUGGUACUACUCUAAAGCAAAACGAUGAAUGUGGUGCCUUGGAGAGUGUUAAAGCAGCCAGCGAAGUGUAUUCACCGGUCAGUGGCCAAGUGACGGAGAAAAAUUCCGCUGUUGAAGAAUCCCCUGCACUGGUUAACACAAACUGCUAUGAUAAAGGUUGGCUUUUUAAGGUGAAUCUAUCGAAUCCAGCAGAAUUGAAAGGUUUGAUGAACGAAAAACAAUACAAGGAGUAUUUACUUGCUGCGGAACAUUAGGGGAAAAAAGCAUAAUCGCAUUUUUUAUUUACUUCAUUCAUCUUCAAAAAUAUCAUAAGUUUUUGUUUUUUCUUUUUACUCCUUUUCGCAGUG